AAAAUAAUUUGGGUUUGGCUGCUGUUAUCUCUAAGUUUAGACUAACCUUUAAUGGGAAGGUGCCCUCCUUAGCCUAACCCUUAGCAGAAAACAAGCCCCUUACCAGAAAACAAGCCUGUCUUGCAGGACAGGAUUGAGUUGGUGCAUUCAAAAGCAGCAAAGAUAAUACAAGAUAAGAAGGCACUUGAUAUUAGGUCCAGUGUUGGACCUAAAAUGAAGUGUAUCACUUCGAUCUCUAAAUUAGCAAUUUUUAUUUUCUGAGACCUUUGUGGGCACAUGUGUCCAAUUGCUAACCUAAUUCCCAUCCCAUCUUGUUCCCUAUCCACAAAAAAUAAAUAAUUAAAUAAAAAAAGUUAUUGCUUUCUUUAAAUGAACCUCUGUUUUUCUCACUUUCUAACAUCAAUUGAUCUUUUCCAUAAGUAUUUCAAUGCCUUCCUCCUCAAUUUAGAUUAAAUUUCAAAGACUACCAUGAUAGCUCUUGAUUACAGGUUAUCGUAAUUUAGGAAUUAGGUGCAAAAGAUUUUCAUCCAUUCAAUCUUAGUUUAACUUAGUUUAGUGAUUAAAGAGGUAUUAUUUACCUGUCCCAUGAUUUUUUUUUUCCAAGCACAUGACUGACUAAAAACAGAGACAUAAAAGCAGAACACUCUAAAACACUCAACCUUGUAUCAGUUUUUCUCCUAAUUGGAAACCGUGGAAAAAAAAAUGAAAAAGUGUGAGAUCUGUGACUCUUUAGCAAAAAUGUACUGUGAAUCAGAUCAAGCGAACCUUUGCUGGGAUUGUGAUGCCAAGGUUCAUUGUGCAAAUUUUCUUGUUGCUAAACAUUCAAGAACCCUUCUUUGCCACCUCUGUCAAUCCUUCACUCCCUGGACCGCCUCGGGACCCAAGCUCAGCCUUACUGUUUCUGUUUGCGAGAACUGUGUGAACAAUUCGACUUGCAGGGAGGAAAGUGGCAAUGGAGGUGAACAAAGUAGUGAUGGUGAUGACGACGACGACGAUGAUGUUAACAGAGAAGAUGACAGUGAAGAUGAUGAAAAUGGUGAUGGUGGCGAUGAAGACGAAGAAGAAGAAGAAAAUCAAGUGGUUCCAUGGUCUUCUACAGCGCCUUCACCGCCGGCUUCGAGUUCUUCUUCUAAUAGUAAUCAAGAAUGCUCCAGUAUGAUGUGUAAUAGCAACGAAGGUUGUUCUCAAUCAAGAAUUACUGCAUUUUCUUUGAAGCGGAUGAGAGAAACCACUGCCGAACAAGCUUCACAGCAGGAUCAUCGUCUGGGAUGCCUGUUAUCCCAAGAUAAUCUAAAUGCGUGUAUGUCAAAUGAAUUAGCCUUUCAGGUUUCUUCAACCCUGGAGCCAUUGAAGGACCAGACAACAAACAAGAGAGAAUAUCUCACAAGGGAUUGCAGAAACCUAAAGUUCCCGAAGACACCAUGAAGUUUGAAAUCUGCAAACUGAAACAAGCAUCUGAAAAUGCUAAUGAUAUUUUUACUAAACACUUAUAGGCAUGUAAUUUUCUCUAAUUGAUCAGAGCCAUUGUAACUCUAAUCUGAGAUUGAUCUGCACUAGCCAGCCUCCCUAUAACCAUUAACUCGCUUGGAAAACACUUGUUAAUCACAGGUAUUGAUUUGCCUUUUUGUUGCAAUGCAUAGUUCUUUUGCA